AUGUCUAGAAGAGAAGGAGGCUCAGUUGAGAGGUCUGCGGGGUCUCGGCCAGAGGAGGUUGUAGCAACAGCAUCAACCGCGAAGACUCAUUUUGUAAAAAGCAAAUUCCCCGACUCUGUAGUGCACGGUAUUGUUGCUACAGACGAUGAGGAAUGGAGGGGCAAAGGUUUGCCCUGCGAUGUUCGUAUGCAUGGUCCAUCCAGCUCUCCGGCCGCAGAGGUCACUGCAGAGCUUCCGCAGGGAACUAAAAAGGUAGCAUCCCUGCUCCCAACAACUGUUGCAGUUGCUCCAGCCGGACCCAGUGCGAAGGCUGAUAUUGGGUGUACGGCCGCAAAGCGACCAGCCUCGCUGGAGGGGGCAGAUCGUAAUGGCUCAGCGCUUGCUACGCCAGACAACGGUCUGGAUUACUCGGAGUUGCGCAGCAUGGAACGAUCGAGGCGUUGUAACAUUCUGGUGAGAUAUCGCCAAGGCCUUGAGCGCAUCAUCUACACAUGCUUCAACGGCGAUGUUUAG